GCAUAUCACCCGAAGCCGAACUCUCCUAGGAGGGGGCGUGGGGGUAUGAACAUUUUCAUGAAGUUCGCGCUCCCUCGCUCGCUCGCCCCCGCCCUGCAAUUCUCACGGUACUGAUAUUCUCCCUAUAGACCAUGGUCAUAUGAUUGGCCCCACAUGUCGAACAAAGGGGUCUUUACCUGUCUCUUGUCCCCGCUCCUCUCAACAAAGUACAGGACGGAUAUGACGAUACACUGUCUUUUGAGACCAUUUCGAGAUCCGCUGGCUUCGGGAGACGAGCUACAGCUUCAGACCGAAGAAAUGAAUUACAUGGUCGGCGUUCCGCAUAACAGCCAAUGGAGUCCCCCGGAAAUUAAACAGCAUUUCAGCCUUGGGACCUUCUUCUCCUUAUGCAUGUUCUCCCGGCACAGCGAACUAAACUUGACCGAGCUGACCAAGAUUAUUUAUAUAGAUUAUGCCCACUUUCGCAGGGCAGCACCCCUCCUAUUCCAUCACCUCCGCAAAGACGUCUUCAAGCUGGAUGAAGAGCAUUACCAGAACCAGUUCACGAAGAAACUCUGCCCGGCGGACGGACUAGGCUUUAGUGGUUCCCUGUUCUUCUAUUCGGAUGAUAAGAGUUUGAUUGUAAAGUCUAUUGGCCGAAGAUUCGAGUAUGCAUUCUUAUACACCACCCUCAUGAAUCCGCUGAGCAAGUACUACCGCGAGCACCCGGGCACACUGCUCUCAGAGAUCACCGAUGUGUUGUAUACCUUUGAUUACAGGCUUGGCGGGUGCUUGGGCGUUUCACCAUCACAUUACAUUGUUAUGGCAAACGUGCUCGAGGGAUUGGACAAGGGAAAGGGAUGUAAGAAAUGGGAUUUGAAGCCUCAGGGGUUCUUUGAGCCUACAAGGGACCUGGUGCCAGAUCAUAUGAAGACCGAGGCGGCGAAGAGUGGUUUGGCAAAUGGGUUGGACGAAGAGAUCGUUCUGGCCAGGAAGCAGAAAGCUCAUUUGAUGUGUGCCCUCCUACUUUUUGCCUGUUCAUAUCCCUUCGCACUGGGGUCUGAUGGUUUGAUAGGAGCACCUUGAAAACAGACACCGCCUUCCUAGAAAGAAUGGAAGCGAUAGACUAUUCUAUCCUCCUCGGCCGCUACCCAAUAUCUAUGUUUCACAAGGAAACCGGUACCGGCAAGGGCCGCGAUGGCCUCGCUCUGCCGAAACGGGGUAAGAUGGACUUUGUCCGCGGCGUUGUCAGCGCAGACGGAAAGUGGGUUUACAAGUUGUGUGUUUUGGAUUUCUUCUGGAAUGUCAAACAAUUGCACCCGAGGAUCAUCAGAGCUGCUGGGGCAGCGCUCCCGGAACAGACGAUAACGACGGAGCCGGGGAGGUAUAGGGAAGAAUUUUUGAAGUAUGCUACCUUCAGACCCGGCGGGAAAACGCAGCGGUCCGCUAACACGAGUGAUUUAGGAUGAUGGAUGGGUAUAUUGUAGUCUCUGAUGAUGAUGGUGGUGGUGGUGAUGACGAAUAGAGGGCUUGAGUGGCGGUGUGGUGGCGAUAAUGGCGUCGUAUGAUAGGUGUGAUUGGGGUUCUUUAAUCUUUGUCCCGUAAAUUACCGUAGUCGUCAUUGGGUGGGUGUUUGUCGAGUUUAUCUAUACAUCGUACCGGUACCGGUAUGAUGCCGCAUCUAAGAGUGGGGUCGUGUCCCGCCUGUGUGUACUGUAUCAGAGUCUUUGAAUGCCCAAUCCGUGCAUUACUCGUACAGAUGAGUCCGCUUUCUCCAAAAUAACCUCCGGCAAAACAAUCCCCAUGGAGACAAAACCGCGAUGUUAUGUUCAUUCGGGCACACACGUCACAGCAACAACAACAACCACCGCAACCUUGCAGGACGACGAAUCCCCCUUCCCCCGACAAUAAUCCUUUCUGACCCGGCUCCAAGGUGAGAAGGAAGACGACAGGGGAAACGAAGUGUCCUACCCCUAUUCACAUUGUCGAGCGCGCCCGCCAUCUAAUACCGCACUCUCACGAUCCGGAGCGCCCAAAAACCUCUCUGUAGCGUGGAAAUAUCGCUGGGAUGUUAUAGUGGUACCGUGUUGACAGCUAGGGUUAGGGUCAACACCACCUCCCUUGAAGAAGUUUUUGCUUUUUCCACUUCACUUCACUUCAAGCUCCUUGCAUGAGGGGUUUUUGUUGGUUGGGUGCGGAUGAGGGGGGGAUAGGUGAGAAAAAGAAAAGAAAAGAGAGAUGGAACAGCUGGCUGGAUGGAUGGAUGGGCACUGUAGGUACAGUACCGCAGCAUAUGGGACUGUAUGCUGCUAGCUUGCUGGCUGGUACGGGUGGGGUGGCUACCGUACUCGAGUAUUCUAACGGCAGGCAGGUACGGUGCCGGCACUGAAAACAGGCAGAUACCGUGGAACAUGGUAUGCUGGGCCUGCGCGAACGAGAAGCAAGCAAGCCAGGGUGGUAUGAUAGGGUGCCAAAAGGCUGAACUCAUUGAGAGGGGUAGACUAUAGCGUUACAGGCAUGCCAUGGAAAGAAGGAAGAAGGGGGAAAAAAGGACUUUGUUUGCGGCGGCGCCUAAACUCUGAUUAGAAUCACAGAACCGGUCCCGGUACCGGUCCUUGUGCUUGUCCCAGUACGAUGCGAAUUCAGGAACGAUGCGGGUACCGGUACCGCAUCUUGAGGAACGUUGAUUGAUGGAUGGAUGGGCAGGAGAGGAUUACUGUACGAGUACACGGGGUGGGUUUAGCUUUCCAUUUCUUUUUUCUUUUUUGGCUGUGGUGCUCGUGAUGGGUUGAUUUGAUAUGGAGGGAGAUCACGGUGUCAUAUCAUACACUAUCGCUAGAUUGUGCGAGCCAGGCAGGGUGGGGGUUUGUUUUUUCUCUGGAUCUGGGUCCGGGCUCUGGCGGGUACCGUACAAUAACUUACUGUCGGCAAGGAGGGAGAUGGAAUCGGGUCAUUGUAGUCUUUGGGUUAUGGUAUGGUACGAGUACUUGUAACCCGCUUGGAGAUUGCCAUUUUAUGAUCGGGGAAGCUUGUGUGUGUGGGGGGGUGGGAUUGUACCGAUAGGAUUUUCUCGAGUACACUUUUCCUUUCUUUUUUCCUUUCUUUUCGCUUAUGGAUAGGUUGAGAAGGCUCUUCAGAUGUCACGAUGAUUUAUCGGGAGAAGCUGAAGAAGAGAAGACCCAGAGAGGAGAGGUUUUGGGUUGCGGCUCUGCAUAUUCCCAGUAAAUUAACAAGCAACUGCCCUGGCUCGGGAGGGCAAAGACGGUAGGUCGCCUCUUUAGAAUAUGAAUAAUUUUGUCAGUGCUGUGGGGACAAGCCGCAGAGAAUUGGAACACCCCCGUUCGUCCACUGUCCAUCAACCCAUCAUCCUUGGACCAUCCAUCUUGCGGAGAUCCUCUUCAGCGGGGAUUUUCUUUUUUCUUUUUCCUUUUCCUUUUUUUCCUUUUUUUCCCCUUCGAUCCUUGGGGGAGAGAGGAAAAAAGAAAAAGUUGGAUCUCGUUAAACUUGCGACCCGCUGGAUUCUUUUCUCAGUUUCCUUCUUCUUUUCUCCCCUUUCGGUCUGGGGAUAAUAAACUUCAUCUUCGUCCUUCCGUUCCCGGGUUUGUCUGUUUUCUGUGCUUCUUCUUCUCCUUCAGCAGAUCUGGAAUUCUUAUAUAAUAUCAUUAUUCUGCGUCGCUAGAAGACUUAAUUGGCACAAUUAAUCUGACACCCCAUCAUCGUUAACCAUCAGCGUCACUUCAUCGUCGUUGCCGUCGUCACGCUUUAUUCCGCAUCCAGUAUCAGGUCUGCUGCCACUUGUGCAGUCUUCGGAUAGAGGGGAGGGAAAGAAAAAAAAAAAAGAAAGAGACGGACAGACAGACAGACAGAGAGAGAGAGAGAGGAAGGUUCCUCACGUCGUCCAUCUGGUUGUCCCCCCCCCCCCCCCACCUCUUCUCCACUCCCGCAACUUCGAGGCAUCGUGCCGGUGUAUAUAUAUAUUGUAUAUAUGCCUAGGAACCUCUGAGUAGCUUCACCCCCGAAUUCUGACUACAUUGCUACCACUCCCACCACAACCGUUAAUACCGGUACUGGUCCAAUCAUCACUACUGCGGGAGUCUUAUCUACCGGUACUGCUGCCCGCCACCGUCGCAGCAUCAAUCUUUCACUCAGUCAGUCAAUCAAUCACCCUCCUUCCCAUCACUCCCCGCCGGCUCCCCGCGUGUUCCCCUCCAACCCCCCCAAUCCAUCGAUCCGCUUUCGGUGGUUUCGUCGCUCUUCCACACUACCUGUACUGUACCCUAUCGGCUAACCCGUUUGCUACUACCACUGCUUACAACCAUUACCACCUUUUUUUAUUUAUAUUUUUACUUUUUUUCACCCUUCCAUAAACUGACUGC